AUGAUUCGCAACAUUGGUUCACCACCACCCAUACACAACAACAGCAAUCAGUCAUCAUCAUUGCCGUUUUUCCGAUCAUACAUCCAAAAGUACUUCAUUGGAUUGUUAUGUGUUUCUAUAGUGGUUUGGAUUUUGUUAGGAAAUAUGACCACUACCACGAAAUCAAACAACAACACCAAUCGGAAGAAUUACGAUAAUACAAAUGAUUUGGAUUUUAUCAGUGGAGAUGAAAGUUAUCAUGUUCCAGAAAUACAUCACCAGAAAGCACAUACACUCAUUCAAAACAAUGGAAAAAUCCCAACAAAGCCACCUAUUUCUCAAAAGGAUUCCAAGUCCAGUAAUAACAUUAAUGACAACAAUCGAGGCAUGGACAAUUCCAAGAGACCAAACACUCCUAAUAACACAAAACAGCAACAAGACAACUUUUGUAAAUGUAUUGCAAAUGGAGGAAAAGUGGUUUCAGUAUUUAAUGACCAUCUAAACACAACAGCUGGAAAUGCCAAAUCUGGAGGACCAGCAGGUGAACUUGUAUUGUUUUAUGGAGUUCUGAAUGGUCUGCAAGGCAUUGCCAAUAAUUUUGGAGUGGGUGAGGAAAAAUCUCCGUUGUGUCAUUUGAGCUUGGAUUGGAGUGAGGCUAGUUUCCAACAAAGUUUCAAAGUUGUGAGUGAAAAGAUUGCAAAAUGUUCUAAUGAGCAACAAAAAUCAGCAGGUAUUGAUGAAAAUUCUGUAUUUCAUUUAAUAUUUGUGGAAAUGUAUUCUUUUGAUCGUGCACUUGCUAUGAGAAACAAUCCGUCAAGAUGUAAUACGGAUCGAUUUUGUCUGCAUUUCCGAGAUCACAAAUGUAGAUAUCGAUUAAUUGAUUUUUGGGGAACUCCUCCAACACAAAAUCAUCACAAAUUGAAUUUGAAGCAAUACCUAACUCCAUAUCCAAAUAAUUAUAAUCAAUUUAUUGGCUAUCAUCAAACUCCAUGCUUUGAAGAAUCUAUAUCAGCUCCUAUUCAACAAUUUGAUAAGAAUGAGAACAGAGAUUUAUUCGAUGGACGAGAGUCAUCUAUUGAUGCAAUGCUUAGAGAGAAAAUUAGAAAUAUUGAUCCCAAGAUUUUACGACAACUCUCCACAUUAUUGGAAGACAUUAAAUCUGAAUAUUCAUCGGAGAAGGAAUCCAAGUUUCUCGACGUUCUUUCUCAAGUUCAAGACGAGUUGGACCUUUUUACUGAUACCCAACCCUCUUCACAACAUGAAAAGAUUGAAUUUUUAGUUUGGGGCAAGGAGCCAAGAUACUUUACACAAUCAGUGAAAGAUCUGCUGUCCCGUUUACAUGCAACAUUUUCUCCAAAUAUUGUCAUUCAUACGACCCUUAAACGUAUGGAGCAACCCAUUCUACCGUUCAUCGUCAAUCAUGGUAUAAAGGGAAUUGAGGAAUGGAGAAGUCUAUUAAGGAGUGUUCAUUUUGUGAUUGGAAUUGGAGAUCCAGUGGUGGGACCUACUGCCAUGGAUGCAAUCUCUUGUGGGGCCAUCUUUUUAAAUCCAGUCUAUGACCAAGAGCGAGUGUUAAACAACCUAAAUGGAUGGUUUAAAUUGAAAAGUCAACAUCCAUAUGUACAACAGUAUAUUGGUCCUCCAUACUCAUUCCAAUAUCAAAUAUCUUCAGAUGAAGUGCCCUUUGACAAGUAUCAUGAAGAAUAUUUACCCUCCAAUGCUUUCAAACAAAGCACUGUCGAGGAAGUACUUCUUCGUAUCAUUCAUGGCAAUAUCUUAGAUAAGGUCUUGGAUCAACGGUUUCGUCUCAAAGGUUUCCUACUCAAAGAAUAUUCCGUCGAUGCGAUUCAACAGCGUUUAUUGAGGGAAAUAUUCCAUGAGGCCAAUGCCUUGUGUGAUAGUUUUCAAACGACCGAGCAGCAAAAGAAGAAGAACCCUUGA